CAAACUCCACAAUUUUAAUGAAAAAUCUCAGAUGAUGACUCAGAAAACCUCUAACGAUCUGAGGAAUGUAUUAAGGGAUUCCAAAGUCAAAGGCUGAUCGUGGAGGGCAUUUGAUGAGGGGAGACUUCAGCACGUUUUUCAGCACCAGGACAAGCGUAAUUGCUCAAGGAAAGCUUGGUUGACAACAACAGGAAAUUACAGUCUGAAUUGUAACAAAUGUGGCAAGAGCACCAAGAUCACUGUUCACAGAAAAUGUACCAAAGAAGGAAGAAGCCUUAAAAACAAAUGGCAGGUGUGUGGGCACCAGAGAAUCAACACAUCAGGAAGAGAAAAAUGGCAUGGUUUUAGUGUAAUUGUAAAAAGGUUGGGUCAAACGCUCCUCUUCUCGGCUUUUCGGGCGCAACCGUAUGUCAACAUUCACCAUCUUAAGAUGAGCAGACUGCAAGCGUGGGAGCUGCCGAAGUGGCGAGAACAGCGUUUCCGUCGAUCAAGCGCCAGGCCACCGGUCAGCUCCAGUCCUAUUUUGAGUUGAAGUAAAAGCUACUCCCUAGAUGGCCAGUGCACGUCUUUAAAAAGCGGCUCCCUUCCCACAAAGGAAAUACGACUGGUUCGCAUCUGUCAAGGGUUGGCGUUGGGAUAAGAGAGUGAAAUAUCAGCUGGCCCUGGACAAGGAGAUACUCUGAAUUCCCGGACCCAAUAACGUGACCAAACACCGUGACUCCCAGGAAAACUAGCGUAGUGAGCGCGGCUGAGGAAAUUACUGACACCGGAAGUCACGUGAGCGGCUUCCCCCAAGGUCGCUAUCUCGACAGUCGACUAUUCAGCCUUGCAGGCUCCUCUGGCGGGCUUCGCUGAGAUCCGCUCUUUCGGUGCUCGACUCGCCCGUGCUGCUGCUGCCGCCGAAGGAGGGGCAAAGCUCAAGAUGGCGGACAAAACGCCAGGCGGAUCUCAGAAGGCCAGUUCAAAGACGAGAUCAUCAGAUGUUCAUUCGUCUGGAUCUUCAGAUGCACAUAUGGAUGCAUCUGGACCCUCAGAUAGUGAUAUGCCAAGUCGGACGCGACCUAAGAGCCCAAGAAAACAUAAUUAUAGGAAUGAAAGUGCCCGUGAAAGCCUUUGUGAUUCUCCUCAUCAGAAUCUCUCAAGACCUCUUCUGGAAAACAAACUUAAAGCAUUCAGUAUUGGAAAAAUGAGUACAGCUAAACGAACUUUAAGUAAAAAAGAACAGGAAGAAUUAAAGAAAAAGGAGGAUGAAAAGGCAGCUGCUGAGAUAUAUGAGGAGUUUCUUGCUGCUUUUGAAGGAAGUGAUGGUAAUAAGGUGAAAACAUUUGUGCGAGGGGGUGUUGUUAAUGCAGCUAAAGAAGAACAUGAAACAGAUGAGAAAAGAGGUAAAAUCUAUAAGCCAUCUUCAAGAUUUGCAGAUCAAAAAAAUCCUCCAAAUCAGUCUUCCAAUGAAAGACCACCAUCUCUUCUUGUGAUAGAAACCAAAAAACCUCCACUUAAAAAAGGAGAGAAAGAAAAGAAAAAAAGCAAUUUGGAACUCUUCAAAGAAGAAUUAAAGCAAAUUCAAGAGGAACGUGAUGAGAGGCAUAAAACAAAAGGCAGAUUAAGUCGAUUUGAACCUCCUCAGUCAGAUUCUGAUGGUCAGCGUCGUUCUAUGGACGCACCUUCAAGAAGAAAUAGAUCAUCUGGUGUUCUUGAUGAUUACGCACCUGGCUCACAUGAUGUAGGAGAUCCAAGCACUACUAAUUUAUACCUUGGAAACAUUAAUCCACAGAUGAAUGAAGAAAUGCUGUGCCAAGAAUUUGGAAGAUUUGGACCGUUAGCCAGUGUGAAAAUCAUGUGGCCUAGAACUGAUGAAGAAAGAGCCAGAGAGAGAAAUUGUGGCUUUGUGGCCUUUAUGAAUAGAAGAGAUGCUGAAAGAGCUUUAAAAAAUUUGAAUGGAAAAAUGAUUAUGUCUUUUGAAAUGAAGUUAGGUUGGGGUAAAGCUGUACCUAUUCCUCCACAUCCAAUAUACAUUCCGCCUUCUAUGAUGGAACAUACGCUUCCCCCACCUCCAUCCGGACUGCCUUUUAAUGCGCAGCCUAGAGAGCGGUUAAAAAACCCUAAUGCUCCUAUGUUACCGCCACCUAAAAACAAAGAGGAUUUUGAGAAGGAAUUUGCUCGCCCUGAUACAUCGAAUGAUAGAGUUUGUUGUACGUGAAGGGCCAAUGUUUGAAGCUAUGAUUAUGAACAGAGAAAUCAACAAUCCUAUGUUCAGGUUCUUAUUUGAAAACCAGACACCAGCCCAUGUUUACUAUAGGUGGAAGCUUUAUUCUAUUCUGCAGGGAGAUUCUCCAACUAAAUGGCGGACGGAAGAUUUUCGUAUGUUCAAAAAUGGAUCUUUUUGGAGGCCACCACCGUUAAAUCCAUACUUGCAUGGAAUGUCAGAAGAGCAAGAAACAGAAGCUUUUGUAGAGGAACCUAGUAAAAAGGGAGCACUUAAGGAAGAACAGAGGGAUAAAUUGGAAGAAAUCUUGCGGGGAUUAACUCCAAGGAAAAAUGAUAUUGGAGAUGCAAUGGUUUUCUGUCUUAAUAAUGCUGAAGCUGCUGAAGAAAUAGUGGAUUGCAUUACUGAGUCAUUGUCCAUCUUAAAGACACCCCUUCCUAAAAAGAUUGCCAGAUUAUAUUUGGUUUCUGAUGUUUUGUACAACUCUUCAGCCAAAGUUGCUAAUGCUUCAUAUUAUAGAAAAUUUUUUGAAACAAAGUUAUGUCAGAUAUUUUCAGACCUCAAUGCCACCUAUCGUACAAUUCAAGGCCAUUUACAAUCUGAAAACUUUAAGCAACGGGUAAUGACUUGCUUCAGAGCAUGGGAAGAUUGGGCAAUUUAUCCAGAACCAUUUUUGAUCAAACUACAAAAUAUUUUCUUAGGACUUGUAAAUAUUAUUGAAGAAAAGGAAACAGAGGAUGUUCCAGAUGACCUUGAUGGUGCCCCCAUUGAGGAAGAGCUUGAUGGUGCACCUCUGGAAGAUGUAGAUGGAAUUCCUAUUGAUGCUACUCCCAUUGAUGAUCUUGAUGGAGUCCCUAUAAAAAGUCUUGAUGAUGAUCUUGAUGGAGUGCCUUUGGAUGCAACUGAAGACUCAAAGAAGAAUGAGCCUAUAUUUAAAGUUGCCCCAUCAAAAUGGGAAGCUGUGGAUGAAUCUGAAUUGGAAGCACAGGCUGUUACAACUUCUAAAUGGGAAUUAUUUGACCAGCAUGAAGAAUCAGAAGAAGAAGAAAAUCAAAAUCAAGAAGAAGAAAGUGAAGAUGAAGAAGAUACUCAAAGUUCCAAAUCUGAAGAACAUCAUUUGUACUCUAAUCCAAUCAAAGAAGAAAUGACUGAGUCCAAGUUCUCUAAGUACUCUGAAAUGAGUGAGGAAAAACGAGCCAAACUUCGUGAAAUUGAGCUCAAAGUUAUGAAGUUUCAGGAUGAAUUGGAAUCUGGGAAAAGACCUAAAAAACCAGGCCAGAGUUUUCAGGAGCAAGUAGAACACUACAGAGAUAAACUUCUUCAACGAGAGAAAGAGAAAGAGUUAGAAAGAGAACGAGAAAGAGACAAGAAAGAUAAAGAAAAAUUGGAAUCUCGCUCCAAAGACAAGAAGGAAAAAGAUGAGUGUACUCCGACAAGGAAGGAAAGGAAGAGGCGACACAGUACAUCCCCCAGCCCAUCUCGCAGUAGCAGUGGUAGACGAGUGAAAUCCCCAUCACCAAAAUCGGAGCGAUCAGAGCGUUCAGAAAGAUCUCAUAAAGAGAGCUCACGGUCCAGGUCAUCUCACAAAGAUUCUCCUAGAGAUGUUAGCAAAAAAGCCAAAAGAUCACCAUCUGGUUCAAGGACACCUAAGAGGUCUAGGCGAUCACGGUCUAGAUCCCCUAAAAAAUCAGGGAAGAAGUCCAGAUCCCAGUCCAGAUCUCCACACAGGUCUCAUAAAAAGUCAAAGAAAAACAAACACUGACGUAAAUUUUUAAGAUGCUGUCACUUAUUGGAAAUGCGAUUUGUUUUGUGCCUGAACGGUCUGUUUUUUAAAAAAACAAAAACAAAAAAUCAAAUGAAAGAGCAUUCCUGGGGUUUUUUGUUUGUUUGUUUGUGUAUGCAUGUGUAAACUCAUGAGCAACUGCAUCUGUAGAUGUCAUUGUUUUAUAUUGUGUAAAUUACUUUCAUUGUGGCUAUUUCUCAAGAUGAAAUUUUUAUUGUUCUAAUGGAUUUCAUCAGAAAUGUGUAUAAUGGAUCUGCUGACAGUAGUAGUAUUUUUAGGAUGUUGUGACUUAGCAAAAAUAAUACAGAUGUCUUCCCCCCUUUUGUAGCUUUGACAAUUUGAAUUAGAUUUCAAAUAAAAUCUGAACAGAAAACUAUAAUGUUGUUUUUUUGCCCCACCGGUGAUAUUAAGUCCCUUAAAGUCCUACUGAGUUUCACACUACUGUUGUGUUUCUUAUACCUGAUGCACUUUAUAAGCCCCAGUGUUCAAGUAGCUUAAGUUUUAUAUUUACUAAGAUGACUAUCCAAAUUAAGGAACCUGAGACUCCUGUUUGGUGGUUUGCUAAGCAUUUUCUUUGAUAAGUUUCUCUUGGGUAAUACUAAUACCCACAUAUCAAAGGCUAGGUAGAUAUGGCAUGGCGUUUUGUUAGUGGAAUGCCUGGAUAAAACAUUUUUUCACAGAAGCAAUAUAAUUUCCAUACAUCCAACCUAUGUUCUGAGCAACUACUUACUUUUAGGGGGAAAUUAAAUAUCUUUUCAAUUCCUCUUCUAUUAUGAAAGAAGUUUAUUUGUCAAACAAAUUUUCUAACAAGGUUUGGCCAUAGAAUUCUCUUGUAUGAUCGUUGACCUUUUAUAAUCUUCUGUAGGCUAUCUUUCAAACACUGGCAUCAGAAUAUUUUUUACAAGUUUCAGUUUAAACAGCUUAGUUGGUUCCCCGCCUACUCCCCCCACCCCCGCCCCCAAGAGACUUGGGUUUAGUUGUAGCUUUAAGUAAAAUUUAAAAAUAAAAUGUAUUUCAGGAAACUUAGUAUCUAAUGGUUUGUAAAUUCAAGGUGCAAAAAGUUGAUUUAAACCAUUUGCAGAGUUGAACUCUUAUGAAAAUAAAUUUGCUACGAUAUGAGGAAGAAAUAAAACUUGUGUAAUGUUGGUCAUAAUACUGCUAUAAAUAUAAUAAAGGGUUAUGUAGAAUUGAACUGACACUAUUAUUUGUGAAUCUUGAUUUCAGUUUUUUAUGUAGACACUUUAUACAGUGGUUUGAUGGGUUUUUUUUUUUUCUUCCCUAAAAGAGAAAGUAGAAAACUAUUCUAACAAUGGAUUAUUUUGAUUUAACUUGCUUUUUUAAAAAAUCUUUUCAACUUGUUUUACUUAAUCUUGCCUAGUCACAAAAUAAGAUACGCUGUACCCAUGGUUUGGAGAGUAGCUAUAUUAGCUGAGCAGUGAGAUACACUAUUUCCAAACGGUGCACACCCACAGUAGCUUUGGAAAUGAACCAAUCGCUGUUUUACUUGAUGGUUCUUAUCAGCAUGCAAAUAUUGCUUGAAAGUCAUUUCCUUAUUCACUGUUUUGUUAGUCCAUUUUGUUAGGAAACAUUAAUUCCUAAAAAUUUGUUCAGAAUAAUUAAAAGUGAACAUUUGGUGCUGAUACUCAAAAACCUAUAAAUGUAGCCAUUUAAAAAAUAACAUGUUUUUCUCUCCUGUUCAUUGCCUGGGAGAAUGGAAUUUUACAUAACUACCUUUCUUUGCAAAAAUAACGGUAGUGUCGAGUUGGUGGUGAUUUUGGCAUUCCAUCUUACACUGGUUUCUAGUAUAGGCUUAGAAAUAAUUGGUCAGGUAAUAAUCUUUCCAGUCAGGUUGCAAGGGAUGCUUAUUUCUCUCUCUUAAAAAAAAGACAUCCUGCAGGAUUGAGUAGAAAAUUUUAGGUCAGUUUUGGGUGCUUAUUUGUAAUAUUUUUCCUACUACAUUGGAGUUUAGCAGUUCUUUUUUUCUGGAUCCACAUAAAAGUAUCAUAGUUUAUCUUACAGUGGGUGAAACUGACUUUCUUUUGGUUGGGUGGGUGAGGAUUUCUUAGGCCUGAUAGAAUAUAUAUUCUGUGAAAUUUGUUAAUGUACGUAUUAGAUUGUAUUGGAUUUUUUUUUCUUGAAUUUUUAGUGGUAUUAUUAGAUAGUUUAUUUCCAGUUUUACUUCAUGACAGAAUAUCUAGAGUAAACCUACUUAAUACCCCCAUGGAUUCUAUGAAAGUUUAAUGGGAUCAGAAGUUGGUGACUUAUAAGGGGGAAGAUAUUCUACCAUAUUUUUAUAAUAACAUUAUUCAUGUUUCUUGUCUGAAGGACACUCAAGUUACAGAGCAAAAUUUCUAUAGGUUCACUAGAAUGUUCAUAGGCAUGGUCUUCCAGUUACAGGAAAGAUCAUGUUCUAUCUGUGGACACCUGUUGUCCUCUACCACAGCUACAUGCUAGAGUUGUUUUCCACAGAUCUUAUAAAGGGCAUGAUUUAGGCUCUUUACCCUCCAACUUAAUGUUUAUACACAGGAAUUGUUUACUAGGUUAAUGACAUUUAACUCCCCUCUCUUCUGUAGGUGAGAGAAAAUAAGUAAGUGUUGGUCUGUUUCUUACCAAAGAGAGACAGACCUAUGAUGGAAAAUGAUCAUGUCUCUGAAUUUUUUCUUUAACGAUACAGUUCCUUGUUAUAGAUAGUAAGCAUAUGGGAAUUUCUGAGCUAUAACAUGUUGAGAAGUUAGAAAUUAAAACUAACACAACAAAAAGUGCUGAAUCAAAAGAUGCUUUUAUUUGGCUCAGAAUAUUUUUGGCUUUUCUGCUAAAGGUGGCAGACGUUACUCUACACAGACCUGAUUUUUCUUUAUUGCAGACCAUUCUUGUGGGCUUACCCUGAGACUUUAUCCCAAUUAAUGAAUCUUGGAGGGAAUACUUGCUUAUUUAUGACUUAUGUAUAUCCCCCCAAACUUUAAUAUUCUUGAGCACUUGAAAAUACUUUUGAGAAAUUUUAACUGUGAUUAAAUUUAGGUUUAUUAGAAAUAUUCUGUACACAUUUGCCUCCAUGGUGGCAUAAGUUCUGAAAAAUAUGACCAUGACAAUAGUUUAUCAUCAUUGUUAUUCAAAAUAAGGGUAAAUAAAUCUCUGUAUUGCCAAAGUGACAAACUGUUCUGAUGACCACACAGUGUGAUUUCUUUAGCAGAAAAAGUUGGUUUUAAAAAUAAAUAGUACCACUUUUCUAAGACUGUACAGUUUAAAAAUAAGGUUUUUUUGUUUAUUGUUUUCCUCUUCUAUUAAGUUUUAGUGAAAAGCUUUAUUACAGAAAAUUGUGCAGAUACUAGUGAGGAUACUAGUAUAAGUUUAAAGGAACAUGUGACUGUAAAAUCUCACAUUUACAAAGUGCUUGGUGUCUUCAUAUUUCACACGCAUGUUUUAGAAUAGAUUUUAGGGAGUGUUUAAUUCAUUAUCCUUUUGACUUUUAAAAUUUUUGUUACCAACUUCGUAGGACUUAGAUAAUAUAUAAAUAAGUGCAAAUUCCAGGGGAAGUGUUGAGAUGAUAGACUAAAAGGUGGGAAUGUGCUGCUGUUCCGUGAGCCUUGUUCCAUUGUUGAAAAUUUGAUGCCUCAGUGUUUAUUCAGUACCACCUCAUGGAGCUUCAAUGUAAAUGGAUUAUAUGUAUAAUUGGUAAUUUGUAUAGUUUUGUAGAUUGUAGAUUAAAUGCACUCAUCAUGUCACAUGUAA